AUGUGUUUGCUAAAGGCCGAGGAGCAUGAGCAGAUUUUAGAGAGAAAACCUUCUGAACCAACUAAAGAUAUGUCACCGACUCAAAUUCCAGAUACUUUUUUGGAAAGUGUCGUUACAUUAUUCAAUGUUAAUGAGCCUUUUCCUGAUCUCGAAUUGGCGUGGCUAACAAAGCUGAAAGAUAAACAUAAUGAGGGACAGUUGAAUAAAAAGCCAAAAGUGGUGGACUGCCUUCAAGGAGUCUCUAGAAUUACUGAGCUUCCAGAUUCCAUAGGAAAGCACAGCAGUUUGGUGAUUUUGGAUCUCAAGGAGUGUCACAAUCUGGAGAUGCUUCCAGAGGAGAUAACCAAACUCAAGGAGCUAAGGUACUUGGAUCUUUCUGACUGUUAUCUGCUAGCUCGCUUGCCCAAGGGGCAAGGGGUCCUCUCAGAACUUAUAGUCCUUAAAGGGUUUAUCAUUAGUAAUCCGUCAAGGAAAAACUCGGGUACUUUAAAUGAUUUGAAGGGAUUGGAGAAGCUGAGGAAACUGACCAUCAAUGCAAGUAGUGAAGAAUUCCCUACAUUGGAGGAUCUACUUGCUCUCCAGCAGCUUGGAAAAAAAUCACUUCGAAAGCUAACAAUAGCAUGGGGAGCAGAGCCAAAUAAAGCAGAGCCCAAAACAGAAGAUUCGAAGAAUGGAAAUGCAGACAAACAAGCACCCAAAUGUUUAAACUUCCUAUCAUCUCCACGAGCAUCCAAACCAUCUGAAACAGAAAUCGAAUCCUCAACAUUGAUGAGACUUCCAGAGCAACUCGGGAAGCUGGAUCUUCAGUGCUUCCCUAAGUCUACAGCGAAGUGGCUGACACCUGAAUCUUUGCCAGAUCUAGAAGAACUAUACAUAAGAGGAGGAAAACUCGCAACUCUGGAAAAAAGCGAGUGGUCCAAGGUUAAGACUUUACGUUUGAAGUACUUGCGUGAAUUGAAGAUGACUUGGAUAGAGCUGCAGAAAUAUUUUCCAAAAUUGGAAUACUUGGAGAAAGUCAAAUGCCCUGGGAUCACACUCUGCCCUUGCGACCAGCAUGGAGUGUGGAUGAAGACUAUUUGA